AUGUCAAUCAAUAGUAAAUUUUCACCUGAAAUUCCUGUAGACACAUUAUUCCAUUUUGCUGAUGUUGAUGGAGAUGGGAUGAUUGGUGGUUCUGAUGCUUUAUUUUUCUUUCAAUACACCAAGUUACCCAUGAAUAUUUUAUCUAAAAUCUGGAGCUUAUCAGUUCCUCCAAAAAAACCGAUGUAUCUCUCUGAAUUUGCUAAGGCACUAGUAUUGAUUUAUUAUGCACAACAAAACCAACCAAUUUCAAAUGAAUUAUUUACUAAACUACCACCUUACAACUCCCCUAUAAUUGAUAUUCCUUUCUUCUUAAAAGAAGACCAAAUUAAACACGCUGAUAAUUUAUUCACUUCAUUAAUUAACACUGAUCAUAUUACAGUAACUAAAGACGUUUUUGCUGAAAAAGUUUUAGCUCAAUAUAGUGGUGUAUUAACAAUUGAUGAUAUUAUGAAAAUUACAGCAAAAACAAAUCCUAAUGAACUUGAUAGAAAUGAAUUUCUUUUGGCUUUAGCACUAUUAAAAAAUCAAAAAGCUGGUUUCCCAGUUCCAAAAACGAUUCCCUCUUAUUUUAAUACAUAUGUUAAUACUUUUAAAUAUCAUACACCUCAACCUUCCACACCAAUUAUUGGCUCUACAGUUGGUUCUCCUGCUGUUGAAAAACCUACAGAACAUAUUUCAUUAACACAAAAAGAAUUACCAAAAAUACCAACAAAAGCAAUUCCUCCACUUCCAGAAAAAGUUAUUUCUACAGAAAAGGUGAUAGAACAUAAAGAAAGUACUAACCCACCUUCAGAAGUAUCAACAACACAAAAUUGCGAAGAAAAAAAAGAAGAAAUUAAAACUCCAAAAUCUUCUAAAGAAAUUAAAGAAGAAAAGAAAAAAGCUGAAGAAUUAAAAAAAGAAGAGGAAAAAAAGAAAAAAGAAGCAUUGAAAGAAGAAGAACGUAGAAAGAAGGAAGAAAAGAAGAGAGCUGAAGAACUAAGAAAAGAAGAAGAACGUAAGAAAAAAGAAGAGAAAAAAGAAGAAGAACGAAGAAAAAAAGAAGAAAAGAAAAAUAAAAAAAGUCAGAAAGAAAUCAAAGAAGAGUCUCAUCCAGAAGAACAUUUAAACGAAGAUAAAGAUGAACACAAAAGUGAUGAGAAUGAAGAAAUCAAAAAAGAAGAAACUAGUACUAAACAGGAAAUAUUUAACACAUUUUCAUUUGACCAACCAAUUGAAAAUAAAAUACCAACCUCUAUUGUAAAAAGUAAAAAAACAGAAGAGUUAUUUAGUUUUGGUGAUGCAUUUAAUUUUGAUGCAACGGAAAAUAAAGAAAGUAAUCAUGAACAAAUAAAUCCAAUUACUAGUCAAAAAACUCAACCACUCGAAGUUAUUCCUAAUAAAACACAAGAAGAAAAGGUAUCUUCUGGAAUUAAUUUUGAUACAUUUUCAUUUGAUACUCCUGUUACUGUCAACAAUAUUCCUUCUUCAGUUGUUAAAUCAAGUAAUUCUAAUGUCUUUUCAUUUGAAACAGAGACAACAAAAGACAAAGAAGAAGAGGAACAACAAAAAAACCCAGAAAUUGAUUUUGAAGAAAUUAAUAAAAAAUUAGAAGAGAUUAAAAAGGAAGAAGGACAAUGCAGUAAUGAAAUUCAAGAAAAGAUGAAUCAAAUUGAACAACUUCAAAAAGAUAUCAAAGAAUUAGAAAUGAAAAAAAGAGAACUUACUAAAAAGAAACAAGAGCUUGAAACUAAGCUUGGCCAAAAUAAAACAAUUGGAAAAGAAGAAAAAGGAGCAAUUAAAGGAAUUCCAAUUUCUGAACAAACUAAAGAAAGUGUUACUCCUGAAGAAGAAAAAAAAAUGGUAUUUGGUAAAAAUUUUAAUAAAAAUGCUUACGGAUUUAAAGGAAAUCCUUUUGUGUUCCCAAUUCCAAAUGAAGAACCAACAGUUCCAUAUUCGUCAAUGUUUGAAGGUAUCAUUUAA